GAAUAUGUUUUCCACUAUUUCAGGCAUGUAUUCUAAUGAAUAACAUUCAGCAACUACGAGUCCAAUUAGAAAAAAUGUUUGAAUCAAUGGGAGGAGGAAACUUGGAGCAGGAUGCUGCAAACAUUUUAAAUGAGCUCCAAGCACAGUUAAAUAGUGCCUUGGACGAUUUAGCAAUCCAGUUUGCCAAAAGCUUAGAACCUCGAAUAACCGUGUCCGUAAGAGAAGUCGGAGACCAUUUACUAGCUAUUAAGGGUGGCGACCAAAUAAAUCAAUCUGCUCAGAGAAAUACUGUGGCACUGGAAGCUGAUCAAGUACUCAUACCCUUAAUUGAAACACUUGAUGAGGGUCUUGGACGGUAUAGUUAUUCUUGUGAAAAAACUGUCUUAAAGCGUUUAUUAAAAGAACUUUGGAAAAUAGUUAUUGGAAUACUAGAGAAAACUGUUGUUCUGCCACCAAUGAGUGAUAAAAGUAUGAUGUUUAAAAGUUUAACAGACAAUGCAAAGAAUUUAGCAGCUAAUGCAAAAAUAGAAGAUAUGUCUCGAUUGUUUAAAAAUCAUAUGACUGGAAAACCAGAUGUUAAAAAUGCUUUAAGUGGAGUAAUGGACAUUCCUAAAGAAGUUGAAAAAAAUCUGUCGCCCAAGCAAUGUGCAGUUCUUGAAGCUGCUUUAGAAAUCAUAAAAACCUACUUUCAUGCAGACAGCGGUGGAUUGAAAAAAAAUUAUAUGGAAAAAUCACCCGAAUUACAAAGUCUUAGAUAUGCUUUAAGUUUAUACACUCAAACCACUGAUACGCUUAUUCAAACGUUUGUUACAUCACAAGUUACUCAAGAUACUACUGCUACGGAAGAAGAUAUUGUGGGAGAAAUUAAUAUUCAAGUUGAUCUCUUUACAAAUCCAGGAACAAAUGAACAAAAGGUCAACGUAAAAGUAAUAUCCGCAAAUAAUUUGAAAUGGGUAUUAACAAGUGGUAUGUUUAAACCAUUUGUCGAAGUGAAUCUCAUAGGACCACAUCUGGCAGAUAAGAAAAGAAAACAUGCUACCAAAUCAAAGAACAAUACUCUAUCGCCUAAAUUUAAUGAAACAUUUCAUUUUAUUAUUGGAAAUGAGCAACAACUAAAUUUUUAUGAACUGCACAUUUGUGUCAAGGAUUACUGUUUUGCAAGGGAGGAUAGAUUAGUUGGACUCGCAGUUAUUCAACUAAAGGAUAUAGUGGAGCAAGGCUCAUGUAUAUGUGCAAUAUCUUUAGGUAAACGUAUUCAAAUGGAUGAAACAGGAUGGACCAUUUUACGAAUUCUAUCUCAAAGGAAUAAUGAUGAGGUAGCAAAAGAAUUUGUUAAACUUAAAAGCGAUAUACGACAAGAAAAUCUGUUAUCAAAUCCAACUUGAGACGAUUAAGAAAACUCACUUGUCGGUGAGCAUACUUCUGGAAUAAACGUAAAAAAGCAUAUCGCCUCUGUGCCACUGUUCAAAGCAACUGUCAUAGCAGUUGCCAUUUUUGUACUAGACCGCUGCCAGUAUGCAAUAUAUGCUGUCAUUAUACGAUAACAAUAAUGUGAGAAUGUGAGAAAGGAAAGUAAAAAAUAGUAACAAAUACAAUUAAAAGAUGAAGAAGAUGUACACGUUAAUGUUGCAUUGUUGCUGAAAAAUUUUUUUAUAAAACGAAGUUAUACACGUAGAAUUGCGUACGACCAAUUCGCGCGCCUGACACGUCAGUCGGGCUCGUGUACUCUAGUUUAUAACUAUUAAUUAUUACGUCAUUUUACUGUAUCAUAUAACAUAUAUUCUUAUUAAAAGAACAAAGCAUCAGAAAUUUAAAGAAAAAUUAUGAAAAUAAAUGCAUAAAAGAAAAUGUC